UUGAGGUAGUUUUUAAGCUGAAAUCCUUCAUUUUUAUAGGAAAUGUCACAAGAGAAACCAGAAAGGAUAGUUGAGGGUAUAACAGAGGAAAAUCAAGCAGGAUUUAUUAAGAAAAGGCCAAAGACGAUCAGAAAUCGAGGGAAGAAUGUGGCAUUGACACUGCAAAAGGAUGCUCAAAACAAAAUGGACUUAUUUUAUCCAGACGAACUAAAAAUUCCGUAUUAUUUAGGAUACAAUUUUCCAAUCCCUCCUGUAUGUGCCAAGAUGGUAAGUUUUGACAUCGAGCAUGAUACUGGAUACAAGCUAACCGAUCUCGAGCUUCGAGAGAACAAAAUGCUGCAUUACACUAACCCUCUUGUCACCAUGAAUAUGGUAGAAGACCAAGUGUAUACUGCAAAACCCCGAAAAAGCAUGAAACUUACAGAAAAUGAGACUGAGCUUGCAAAUUUAUGCCUAAACUACACUACCAAAGAAGAAUCAGAUUCGGAAGAUUCUUCAAACCCCUCUCCUUACAACUUUGCCCCUCUAUUUCAUAAAAUCAAAGGAAAACCUUAUAAGAAGCAGAUAUCCAGCCCCAAAAUAAAUUUAAAGAAAGAAGAAAAUCAGAUGGCCAAGAAAGCAUCAGAGUCUAAAUUGGUGGACACUAAACCAUCAAAACCCAACCCACCUAUAUGUGAAAAGAAGGUUAGCAGUUUUGAGCCAAAUAUUGAUGAAACUGAAUUUAUGAUGGCUGGAACAGCCCUAGAGCCUCGUCAGGUUAGAAAAUUGUGAGAAAGAAUCGAUGAAUCCUUUGAUUACAUCAAGAAGGUCAAAAUCGGGAUGAAAAAACCAGGCUCAAAUGGCAAGGUUACUGCGGUGAAGUGUCAUAAGCUAUUCCCAGACUUUGAGAAUCUCAUGCAGACAUAUUAUAUCACAAGUUAUUAUGAUAAGAUUGGAAUGGAAUUUCUUGAGAACCAGGGGAAUAUGACCCAUAUGCUAAAAUUAAACUCUGAAAAAGAAGUAGAAUGCUUCAAGUACAAGCAAAAAUUAUCGACAAAUAUUAUCAAGCCUCCUUGCCAGUAUACCUUCAAUGAUGACUUCAGAGUUACUACUCAAGUCAAGGACAGAGAGAAGGAAUGUUAUCUUGUAAAAACUGAGACUGAGGGCCAAAUGAGAAUUUUGUUUGUAGAUACAAAGCUGAACUUAGCAAAAUCUAAAAAGGGACCUUCUUCAUUUGGAACAAUGAUGACGAAUUCUAAAAUGAAUAAUAUCUCAUUUGUGCCUCAUCAAUAUGGUGGAAACCCUUAUUCAGCGCCUCCAGGCGAGCUAGCCACCGACAUUGGCACGAACAACAAGAGAGUAAAGAAGGAGAUGAUUAAGCAAGAAGAAGGCAACUUCAUGCUUGAGACUAUGGCUAAUUCAGACAAGAAGGAUAAUGAACCUUCUGAUAGAUUGCUCCGGAUAAGGCUACGUCCUCUCAAUCAGCAUGAACUAGACAUUCGUACUAAAUAUUUCACUAAAAUUGAUCCUCCCAUUGAGCUGGACGAAGAGAAAGUCAAGGAAGAGCGUGCCGAGCUUGGAAAGAAAAUAAAACCAAAGAAGGUUUUGUCACCCAAGCUUACUGAUAAACUUGAUGUUGAGAAAAUGUACCCAAGGCAGCCCAAGAAGGUCUUUGAGACUAAAACUAAAACUUCUUCAAAGCAGGCUCAACGGCAAAAAAUAAAGGUUGAUAUGAAAGAGAUCUGCAAGAAAGGCAACAGAAAGAAGAAAAUUGAAGAUUCUUCUGAAGAUGAAUACGAGCCAUCUACCUUAGUAAAGUCUGAAUUCCAGGGCAAAGAUGAUGUGAUAAGACAGUUAAAGUCUGAAGGGCCUACAGAGCCUAACAAUCCAGAUGAGGAUGAUGAGGUAGACAAUGAGGAUGAAAAUGAAGAUAGUGAAUUUGCAGAUCUCUUCUAACUGAAAUCUUCCAGGUCGCUUACUAAUAAUUUUAC